CAGGAAGAGUGGAGUAGUUCUAUGUAGGAGUUACCAAGCUGAAAGUUUUCUGUGAGGGUUACCACCUCAUUGCUAUAAUAGGAGAGGAGGUCGACAUAGAAAAAGGUUCUCAAAUCAAACACCCGACAUCUAUGUCAAGGUUUGUUGUUUCUUUACAAAAUAGUUGUAAUCGUAGUUUGAAACUCUCACCAAACCUCCAUAAGAAUAAGAUCAACGUAUUAUAGUUCUGUUCCUAGAAAACCAUCACAAAUCAAACACUCUUAUUUAAACCGUAUUCAAAUAAAUAUCAACCAUAUCUUAAUAAUGGGAUGAGAUACGGUGACAACCCCAUUAGGGGUUGUGAGAUUGACAACCCAUUUUAUAACCAUAGGAUCCAUUCUCUCUCUUGUCUCUUUCUUCUUUUUUCAAAUCAAUGGUACAGAUUGGAUUAAGGGUAUUUUUGGACGAAAAAAAUUGACCACACUAGAUUAUUACUCCUAUUAAUAUCUAAAACCCUACACUCUCUCUUUCCUCUCUCUCUCUCUCUCUCUCUCUCUCUCUCUCUCUCUCACGCCAUCUUUCUUCUUCCUAUUCUUCUUCUUCUUCCUCUCAUCUCUUCCCUCUCUCUCUAUCGGCUGCCACCACCGUCGUCGCAGUCGACCCGCCACGCCCUCCGCCUCUCAUCACUACUGCAGCCCUCCCGUCGUCGCGCCCUCCGCCUCCCAACACUGUCACGUCCCUCGCCCCGCAGCCAUCGCGGCCUCCUCCUCUCACCACCGCCGCGAUGGCCUCCCACCACCACCGUCGUCGCAACCCUCCCGCCGCCCUCUGUCUCUCACCAUCACCGUCGCCACGAGGUCACCGCCUCUCCCCUGCCUCCCCCUUUCGUCAUCCCUAUUUAUUUCCAGAUCUGUGAUUUUUCAUAUUUCAGAUUUGAUUUUUUUGUGCUAGUCUCUAGUGGUACGCUAUCAGUGGCAAUGGUACCGCUACCAGUGGUACUGGUACUGGUACCGCUACUGCUAAUGGUACCGCUACCAGUGGUAAUGGUACCGUACCACUAGCACUGGUAGCGUACCACUAGUAUUGGUAGCAUACCACUAGCACUGGUAGCGUACCACUAGCACUGGUACAUUUUUUAACGCACUAGUAUCGUACCACUAGCACUGGUAUAUUAAUUACCAAUAGACUAAUAGAUUGAUACACUUUUUAACGCACUGGUACAUUUUUCAGGUUGCCGGAGGGAGUCUGCCGGAGAGAAUUCGCCAGAGAAAAAGUCUGUCCAUCGAAGCGGAAUGACCGCAGGAGAAAGGAAGAGAGAGAUAGAGAUAUUAAUGUAUAUGAUUUAAAUUUAAAAAAAAAUUAUAUUUAAUAUGGGUUUUUAAUUCCCAAUUUGAUUAAUACAAAAAGGUAAUUAAUAUAUUUCUUUUUUUCAUACCCAAAAUACUCUUGAUUGUCAAUCUAACAACCCCCAAGGGGGUUGUCACCGUAUCCGUCUCAAUUUUGCAUGUUAAGUUGUUAACUAAUUAACCUGCUCAAGGCGGCUAAGGGUGUCGGCAGAACAAGGGUUGGAUAGGAACAUCCCCAUCCUCUCCACGUACGGAAUGGGAAGAGUGACCCACAAAAUGACUCCCAAACCCCCCAAUUUCCAUGCGUUUCCUUUUCAAAUGUAAAACCCUCCUUUGAGCAACUUCAAAAAUUAAUGUAUGAUUGUUUCUUCGUUACUAGCUACAAAAUGGAGGAUUGAGGUACAAGUGAGGCCCGCAUAAUAUUUAAGGAGAUCACAUCGAAACCAUAAAAUUUGUUAGGUGAUUUGGGGUACAAGUUUAACUGUUUAAGGUGUUAAAAGAAAGAUAAAUCGGUGUGUCAAUAUUCACAUAUCAAAAUCGAGCGAGGAAGAUGAUUGAUCAUAACAAACUGAAAUUCAGAUAAACCCACUUAUAUCAAAUUAGAAUGAAAGUUAGAAUUUCUUCCAUAAAAGAGCGUGAUAAAAGUUUCCACUAUAAUUAUUGAUAAAUAAAUAAAAAUGUAGAUUUUCCCGCGAGUCAUUAAAUGUAUACUUUCAAAAGAUAAACUAACAUAAAUUCACAUGUGAUAUAUUAAAAGUAAAGUUGUCAACCCGCGGGUUGACUCCUCGGUUGAUCCAUUUUGACUCUGGUCCGGUGAGAAAAACGGGCCACACACAUUCGUCGGGUCGAACUGUUGCAAUUUUAUCGGGUUGGAGGUCCCACGACGUCUUUUUUUCCUAUUGUUUGCAAAAUGCCUCAAAUUUUUUUUUUUUUUUGGCCUCUCUUUUCCGAUUUUCCUUUUUGCCUAACCCUAUCUUUAGAAUUCUAACUUGAAUGUUUAAAUAUUGAUGUUAUAUAAGUGUGUGAAUUUUAAUUAUAUGUUGGAUCCAAGUACAACCUAUUAUUAUGGAUUAAUAUUAUAUGUUGGAUCUAAGUAAUUAAAUGAGAUUUGAUAUAAUUUAUAAAUAUAUAUGAACAAUAUACUAACCAUUUUUAUAUAUCCAAGCUAAACCAGACCAAACCGAUAAUACCAUUAACUCUCAAUCCACCUACUUGACAGGGCGAAGAGGCUAAACCGGGUUGACAACCUUUUAAUUAAAAAUAAACAAAAUGACUCAUGAGGCGAAUGCAGCAGGUUGGAUAUCGGGGUUUUGUAUGGAUGAAGAGGGAAGAAGAGGGGAAGUUUUUCAGAUUCUGUUUGCGGACGAUGCUAUUUUAUUUUGUGAUGCUUCGGAGCAGGAAGUUUCCAAUUUGUUGGCUAUCCUUCUGUGUUUCCAAAGCGUUUCAGGUUUGAAGAUUAAUUUGGAAAAGAGUAAGCUUUUUCCAGUUGGGGAUGUGCCCCCAUUUGGAGAGAUUGGCGGAUCUAUUGUGUUGUGAUUGGGAGUUCCUUCCAACCGUCUAUUUGGGCCUGCCGCUUGGUGCUUCGCCGGUUGCUGGCAGCAUUUGGAAUCCUUUAAUCUCUCGGAUGCAGGCUAGACUCGAGGGUUGGAAAGGAAAAUUCUUAUCGUUUGGUGGCAGGUUAGUGCUUAUUAAAUCGGUUAUGGCAAGCCAACCGACUUAUAUGUGCUCCCUGUUCAGGGCUCCUGCUCAUAUUGUUCAGGCCAUUGAGAGAUUACAGAGUUCUUUCCUUUGGUCGGGAGCUAACGAUCAAAAGAAGUUUCAUUUGGUGUCUUGGGAACGAUGUAAACGACCUAAAUCGCUUGGUGGACUUGGUAUUCCGGAUUUCAGAAGGCAUAAUAGUGCUUUGCUUGCAAAAUGGUGGUGGAAGGUUGCUUCGGAGGACAGCUGGUGGAAAAGAUUGAUGAGUGUUAAAUAUCCAAAUAAUGAAUCGAAGUGGAUGCCGGGUAAACCCCUCUCUCCGGUGGGUUGUAGUCCUUGGUCACAGGUGUUCAAAAUGAAAGAUGAGUUCUGGAAGUUUGCAAUUGUUAAACCUGGUUCAGGCGACAACAUCUCUUUCUGGAAUGACCGGUGGAUUCAUGGAACUACUCUUGUUGAUGCCUUUCCUAGAGGAGCGGCGGCUGCUGUUCUUCCCCGAGCAAGAUUAUCUGAUAUCCUUUUGAGAGUUAAUGAGAGUUUUUCUUGGGAUAUUGAAUUUAAAUACCAACUUAGGGGGGGAGCUGAGAGGGAAAGGGAGAGUCUGUUUUCUUUUAUCAAUAGCAAUUUACCUUUGCUUUCCUCUGACCAGGACAUGAUUAGUUGGCUGCCUACCUCGUCACACUCCUUCACUGUUCGUUCUUUGUACCAGCAGCUCUCUAAAGAGGCUGUUGCUUGUCUUUUGACGGCUGGCCAGAUUGAUGACUUUCCUGUUAAGACCGUUUGGCAGAACCACAUCCCCUCGAAGAUUUGUAUGUUUGUUUGGUUGACAUUUCAUCGUAGAAUUCUUACUCAGGAUGCUCUAAAACGUAAGGGAUGGAGCUUGCCGAACAGGUGCUCUCUGUGCAUUGCAAAUGAAGAGGAGCCGAACCAUCUUUUCCUUCAUUGCAGGUUCACUGAGGAAGUCUGGAGUAUCAUUAGUCACUUUGUCUACUUUGAUCACAGGAUAAUCCGUAGGGAUAUCUCUGACCUGAUCAAGAGCUGGCCCCUUCUUGAUCCUCAGAACCCGAAAGACUGGUGCACGAGAUCAUUUCUGCAUGCUCUACUUUGGUGUGUUUGGAUCGAGCGGAAUAAUAGGAUCUUUGCAGAGAAGUUUUCGAGUCCAUCGGUUGUCUCCUUCAAGAUUGGAAGUCUAAUAGCUUCAUGGUUGGUGGCUGCUGGUAAAAUCGACAAGUCUUGCGGGGAGGAUUGGAUUCAUAAUCUCAGAAGGGCUCUCCUUCCCAGAAGUUUCUUGUAGCCGUACUCAGAAGGGUUACCACCUUGGUGCUUGCUUUGCUUUGCUGAACUGCCACCUUGGCGCUUGCUUUGCUGAUGUGUUUUGGCUUGUUUGGGUUUUCUGAAGCUUUGUAUUGUGCUUCGCUUUCAAAUGUUGGUUCUUUCCUUCCUUUCUUUCUUUCUUUCUUUCUUUCUUGUCUUUCCCUGGUUUUGUUAACUCUUAACUCUUUUCUUAAUUAAUGAAUUUCACCUUUAUAA